AUGUGCCAGGAUGCGUCUAAAUUGGUCAAGUCCUAUCGAUCGACCACCAAAUUGUUUGAAAGGCCGAUAGCCUCAAGACGAGCCAUGUCCACCAGAUCUUACAGAGAGGCUGUGGAUUGUUUGAAUUCCCUGCAGUCCAAUGCAGCUACUCUCGAGGCCGUUCGAGCUUCUGGCGGUCGUUUGAGCCAGUUCGCCAUACCAGAAAUGCUCGAGUAUUUGGGGAGGAUCGGCUAUCACCCGGAUCAAUUAAACGCACUCAACGUUAUACAUAUAACAGGGACAAAAGGCAAAGGUUCAACUAGCGCUUUCACAGAUUCCAUUCUACGACAGACGAUGCCCGGAUGGAAAGUAGGAUUAUAUACCUCUCCUCACCUGGUCGCUGUGCGAGAGAGAAUCAGGAUCAAUGGCGCUCCCCUCUCGGAGGUGCAGUUUGCAAAGCAUUUCUUUGAAGUUUGGGAUAGGCUCAAGGAAAAUGAUACGAGGGUGACGGAAGACACCCCCCCUAUGCCUGGAUACUUCCGAUUCAUAACGCUCCUCGCUUUCCACGCGUUUUUGGAAAGCAAGGUCAACGCAACAAUUCUUGAAGUUGGCGUAGGCGGGACAUACGACAGCACGAACAUCGUCCCAAGGCCUGUUGUAACGGGAGUCACCGCUUUGGGGUUGGACCAUGUCGCUGUUUUGGGAAAGACACUGGAAGAAAUUGCUUGGCAGAAAGGUGGAAUUUUCAAGGAGGGCGUGCCUGCGUACACUGUCGUUCAGCCCAAAGAAGGUGCCCAGGUGCUAGAUAGUCGCGCGAGAGAACUAAAGUCAUCCUCCUUAACCAUCAUUCCAUUGAACCAUGAACUCGACAAAGUAAAAUUGGGUCUUGCUGGUCAACAUCAGUUGCAAAACGCCAGCCUAGCUGUCAGUCUUGCUAGGGAAUUUUUAAAGAAGCAAUCAUCUUUUCAGAACGAUCAGGAAUUACCGGAAUCUUUUGUUUCCGGCCUGGAGAAGACCAGCUGGCCUGGCCGUUGCCAAACCGUUGUAGAUCCGAAACGCUCACAAGUGACAUGGUAUCUUGAUGGAGCCCACACUGUCGAAAGUCUAGAGUACUGUAUUCAAUGGUUCGCGAAUCCUGGCGUUGGUUUUUCUUUGGAUGCAAGCGGUCACAUGGACGACAAACAAGUGACUCGCAUUCUCAUAUUUAACUGCACAAGCGGUCGUUCUGGCGAUAGUUUUCUGGGCACGAUACGAAAUAAGCUAGCCGACCAGCUUGUGAUUCAUUGUCGCGAAGAUCAGCCAGAAUACUUCUUCGAUCAAGUUAUCUUCUGUACUAAUGUGACUUACGCAGGAGGUCACUUCAAGAGUGACCUCGCAACUCUGGCCAUGCCAAAGAGUGAUCUCGAAGAACUCAAGACUCAACAUCAGCUUGCGGCGGCUUGGUCAAAAUUGUGCCCAAGUUAUCCUCCUGAUUGCAUACAUGUCUUACCAUCCGUCGAGCAUGCCGUGAAGGAAGUUGAAGCAUCGAAAUCGAAUUCAGACAACCGGACUCAAGUCCUGGUUACUGGCAGCCUCCAUCUUGUUGGUGGAUUGAUUGAAGUCGCAGGGCUAUCAGAAGUGGCGUUGUGA